AUGCGAAGCGCCUGCCCGAGUGCCCCCACUGGCGGACGCUUCUCUGGCCCCGCAGCGGAGCGGGGGUCAAUGCUGAGGGACGCGCGAGAGCUCGAGUAUGGGGACAGGGACUCGGGGUUCCCCCAACAAGGACGGCUCAACGGCACGACACUUGGUGGGCCGCCAGAGAGGUGGCACAGGCCUGGGGAUGAGUAUGCUGGUGCCCACUUCAAUCCCCCAGGGGCAGGGCCGCCUAGGGGGGGAGGCGGCAGGGGGGGGUGCUACACGUGUGGACAAUCGGGACACUUUGCAAGAGAGUGUCCUAGCAGGAGGGAGCCAGCGGGGCCCCCCGGGCGCAGAAAUGAGGAGGAAGAUUGGCGGAGCCCCCCUCGAAAGGCCGGAGUCAAUGGGGUCGCUCGGAAGGUGUGGCUCUACGAAGACCUGGAAGGGAAGCUGCGGGGGCCCUAUGACCUGGAGCAACUCCAAAAGUGGCUCCAAAGCGGCCACUUUGAAGUCGACCAGAUUGUCUGCGCUGAGGGCAGUGUGCAGCGGACCACCCUCGGGCGAGUUCUCGGCCUGCCGCCACGCCAGGAUCCUGGCCCCCAGUCACGGCCGCCGAAUGCUCCGUCCAUGCAGAGAGAAGAUCCCCCUUUCCAUGCAGCAGACAAACCCCCCCCGCCGCGGAAGUCUCGUUUCGAUAGCUGGUCCUCCCAGGUGCCGGCCGAGCCCUCUGGCUGCCCUCCGCCUGGCUUUUCCCCUGCUGCACCAAUGUUACCCAUCAAGUCCGCUCAGCUCCCGAGACUGCACAUACCUGACGGCCCCUCCCCUCCAGUACCAGGACCCCCGCUAUCGAGCACGCCGCCACCUGCGGACACUCCUUCAGUGGCAGCAACCCCGUCCAUCGUUAGUAGCAUCUCUCCUAGUCCCGCAACCAGCGUCAGCCCCCACCCACACGGGUUUGCUUUCCCUACACCCCCCGCAGCUCAAUCGCCCGCAACGCAUGGGCGGCCAUCUCAGGCGUCGCAGCCAAGCGAGAACCCUGGCAAGGAACACCAGCCUGCAGUGUCGGUGUUGCAAAACGGACAGGCUUGGGGUAAUGCGGUCGCGGUGCUAGAAAAAGAGACCCCGACGCCGCACAUCCAGUGGGAGAACGGGUAUGAUGGGACGUCCGACUUGUCGGGGAGUGAGCCGGGAAGCCCGAUGCACAUGAGCCCCCGCGCUGCGCUGGGGCAGCAGCUGCUGGAUCAGCUGGACUCACCGAAGCAGGAGAUCUCCAGGAGGGUGGAGCGCAUCCUGCGAGACGCAGAGCUUGGGGAUGAGGCGCCAGUGGAACAGCGAAUGGACGUUGUGAUUGGCAUUCUGGGCCGCAGGUUGCUGGACAGAGAGGGCAAGGAGGAGAAGGAGAUGAGGAGCUUCGUGUAUGGGUCUCACGCUGAAGUGGAACCAGAGGUCCCCAUCGUCUCUGCCUGGAAGCAUGGGUACGGCUUUGGCGAGAUGGUCGCCGCAGAGGCCCGGGAAUCCAGCGCUGCCCCCUCGAACGAGUUCAAUCUGGACCCCGACCUUUUUUACCAUGCUUACGGACCCGGAAAUAGUGGCAAGGGCGGCCAACAAUUCUACCACGACGAGGAGGCGGCUCUAGGGGAGCCCGACCAUGAGGGCGGGGCGCCAGUCUACGAAUUGGACAGGGAGCGGGAGAAGCAGGACCCCGCAAAGUGGCUGCUCCGGGGGGGGGACUGGAAGCUGGAGAACGACCCCCAGCUGAAGCUAGACGACGAGACUGUAAACCCACCUCCGCUUUGUAAGUACGUGCUGAACCGGGGGCUGCCGCUGUGUGGGGAGGAGGCUCCUGAGGUCGAUCCGGAGCUGGGGGAGGGGCCAAAAGACCCGAGGCUUGGGGGCUCAUUCAGGGCGGCAAUGCAAGAGGCAGUGCGGGCCGACUUCGCGAAACUAGAGGUGCCAGCGUUCGGGCAGGGGGGGAUCCCGGCCACGCUGCUGAAAGCAGCGGAAAAGGCGCGGGCGAGCCGCCCUGUUACGGCCUCCCCGAGCCCGUCAAUAACAUCACCCACGGAGAACGUUCGGCCGCCGGUUCCCGCAAGAAAGAUCCCGAAAAAGCCCGGUGCUGUCGUAAAGAAAGCGGGAGUUUUGAAGAAGACGCCUUCAACUCCGGGACUGGCAAAAAGUGAGGCGGCAACUCCGUCUCCGUCUGGGGCAGGGUCCGAGACGCCAGUUCUGGCCAGGCUCAAAGUCGAAGCGGGCGAGCAGAAAGCGGGCGGGAGGUCGGAGUCUCCUGCAGCGCGGGCGCUCGCCAACGGGCUCCCUCGAAAAUCUUCCCAGCUGGCAUCCACUCCCAAGGACUCUCCCAAGGACACGCCAAGGAAGGCAAGGGCUUCCAAAUGGGACGAGGGCAAGCCAGGGAUGAAGCCAGCGGAGCGGCCCCCAAAGAAGAUGAGCCUGGCAGAGGCGGUAGAGGCGGCAAAGCGGGAGGCUUCGAAGCUGGGGCCGGAAGAGGGGCAGUGGUUUUACUUGGACGGCCAGGGCUUGCCUCGGGGGCCGCACUCCCUGCCCCAGUUGCGGGUCAUGGCGUCACAGGGCAAGAUAAUGGAGGGCAUCAGUGCCUGGCGCAUGGCUGACGACACCUGGACUCCGAUCACCAAGCAGCCGCUUACCCGCACCCCGCCUCGGUUCCCGCUUCCCUCGGGGCCAUUCACACCCGGCCCGCCCCCGCCAGGCUAUGCUGGGCCCUGGCCCCGGGCUCCGUCACUGGGAAUGCCCGCCUGGCAGCCUCCGCGGAGGGGUGUGCCUUUCCAGCCGCCUUUGCCGCCGGGGCUGCCUCCUGGGGGGUCGGUAACGCCUUCCCGGAGCAGGUGUGAGGAGCCCGCCAAAGUGGGGAAGGCGGACGAGAGGAGUGUGCCGGCGCAGCUGGUGGCGAUGGUGCGGGGGAAGCUGCACGAGCAGGUGGUCAAGACGGCGCGCACCAAGGUCCUGGACGCCGCCAUCGAUGCUGCGCUCGGGGCGUGGUUGCAAGCGAAACUGGGUGGGCCUCUUGCCCCAGAGCCAACGGAGCCGGAAGCUCCAAGGAGGCGGGUAGGAGAAGUGGAAACCGCUGGAGAGGAUCUGACAGACAGCGCGUCUGCAGCAGUUCCGAGCGAGGGGGGGACAGAGCAGGCGGAAGCAGCGCCCCCCCAGGAGGAGAGGCCGGCGUCGGCAGACGCGGCUGGACCGCGGGAGCCGUUUGCGAACGAGGCGGAGGACCCGGAGGCAUUGCGGUCGCUGGAAAAGUUCCUCAAGAGCCGGCGGUCCAUUGCGUACAUCUUCCUGGAUGCGUGCAAGUCGGCGCGGGGGGGCAUGGACAUGGCGCUGCUGGCGCGCUAUGCGUGCGUGUGCAAGGGCUUCCGGAAGGGCGCGGAACUGGCCAAGCUGCGCAUGUUCAAGGCGGACUUCUCGGGCCUUGCCGAGCGCUGCAGCGAUGCUGCGCUCAAGUCGCUCGAGACUUGCGGGGAGGGCCUGGUCAAGUUCGUGUACCUGAACGGCUGCGUCAAUGUGACCCCCGAGGCCGUCGAAGACCUGCUGCGCGCGCAGCCCAGCAUUCGCUGCGUCGACAUCCAGGGCUGCGUGCAGCUCUACUCGCUCGCGCGCAGCACGGCGCACAUCAAGUGGCGCAACCUGCCGGAGGCGUUGCUAGAGGUGCCGGGCGGCGCAAAUGCGCUGCCGCCGGAGCUCUUGGAGGACCAGCAGAAGCGGCGCGAGAAGUUCGCCAAGGCGCGCCAGCUGCGCGGCAUCGAGCGCAUCCUGGACGAGAUUAGGAAGCUGGACGAGGCCAAGAUCUUCCUUGUGCCGGUGUCCGAGGAGCAGUACCCCAACUACAGCAAGGUCAUUCAGCGGCCCAUUGCCCUGGUGACUAUGCGCCAGCGGCUCAAGGGGCGCUACCUCCCGCUUGGGAAGGGAGUCGACCGCUUCAGAGAGGACAUGGACCUCAUGUUUGACAACGCCAAACGGUUUAACCGCGAGGGCACGUUCUACUACAAGGAGGCAGUGCGCCUGCAAAAAGUGGCCGACAAGUUGCUGGACCACUUAGAGGCGCGCGUUCAGGGCACGCUCGACGGCACCGUUCCCGUCCGCAAAGUUUCGGACCGCCGCGGCGAACGCCCGCCGCCCCUCCCAAAGCCCGCGGAGUUGGACCUGGCCGUACAGACGCGGCCAGUGAAACCGGUCAAGACCCCCCGGGGGGUCGCCGAUGCAGAAGCGCUCCCGUCGAUAUCGGCGUCGUCUGUAGAGGAGUCGUACCGAGCGGGCAUGGAAGAAGGGGCGAGGGAGGGCGAGCCGUUGAAGAAGCGGAAAGAGAGGGAAGAGGAGAGGGAGGAGCCCGAGAGCAGCAAGCGGCCGCGGGAGGACAGCGACGCGGAGAGCAAUCGGGCUCGCGGGAAACGGCCGCGGGAAGACGAGGAGUCGGAGGAUUACCGGGGGCUCGAGCGGCGAAGGACGGACUCUGCAAAGCGGCUGGAGGCCGAGGGGAAGCGGCCGGUGAGUGCGCCGCUGCAGUGGGAGCGGGACCAAAAAGGGAAGCGCACGGGGAUCAAAGUCCCCCGCGUGGACUCGCGCGGGGUGUGGUCGCAGGCGCUGGUCGAGACGGAGCCGAUCAGGCGGGCGGCUGCGCAGCGGGCGCGGCAGAGGUGGAGAGAUGAGGAGAGCGAGAGCGAGGCCGAGGAGUGGGAGUCGGAGAGCACGGACGAGGAGCAGGACGUGGAGGCGGAGGAAGAGAGCGAGGCGGAGAGCGAAGUGGGGGAGAGCGACGCGGAGGAUGCGCUGAGCGACGAGGAGCCGGAGGACCACACGGCGUGGGUGAUGGAGGACGACCUGGCGGACCGCACCAACUGGGGCGCCAAGAUGACGAAAGCCACCAUGGUCCCGCCGGUGUCGCGCAAGUACGAGCUGAUCGACGAGUACCGCAUCGUGUCCGACGAGGCCAUGGUGCGCGACAAGAUGCGCGCGCAGUUCCCGGACUUCAUCCUGAACAAGCUGACGCUGCGCGCGGAGACGGGGCACACCGCGGAGAUCAUCGUGCACCCGCGCAAGGCGCGCAAGAUACUCGGGGAGGAGGUGCUGGAGCAAGAAGUGUACGGGAUCGACCCGUACACGCACAACCUGCUGCUCGCCACCAUGUGCAGCCUGCCCAAGGUCAAGGCGCCCAAGGUCAUCGUGUCAGACGAGGAGCGCCGCACCUUCAUCGAGCAGCCGCUGCUGAUGGCGCUGAACCGUGCUGCGGCCGCGUACACGGGUUACACCAAGGUGCCCGAGUCGCUGGACCUGAAAGUCAUCGUCCAGGUGGUGGCCAAGGAGGCGCACGAGGCGCAGAACCAGCCGCUGAAAGAGUACGCGCUGGCGCUGCUCGAGGCAAUGGAGAAACGGCCGCUCGACAAGUACCUCGCAUACCGAAAGGGGCUGGGCGUGGUGUGCAACCGCACGGGCAUCUGCAAGGACGACUUCGUGGUGGAGUUCCACGGGGAGGUGUACCCGCCGUACCGCUGGUUCGAGAAGGAGGAUGAGAUCCGGCGGCUGCAGAAGAAAGAGGUCGCGCCCGAGUUUUACAACAUCAUGCUCGAGCGGCCCAAGAAGGACCUGGGCGGGUAUGACUUGCUGGUGAUUGACGCGAUGCACAAGGCCAACUUUGCGAGCCGGCUGUGCCACUCGUGCACUCCGAACUGCGCCACCAAGGUGACGGCCGUGGACGGACACUACAUGAUCGGGCUAUACGCCAUCGAGGACAUUCAGCCCGGGGAAGAACUCACAUUCAACUACCACUCCGUCACCGAGAGCAAGGAGGAGCACGAGCACGCGGUGUGUUUGUGCGGCAGCCGGCAGUGCCAGGGCAGCUACCUCAACUUCGCGGGCAGCACCAGCUUCCAGCAGGUGAUGAACAAGAGCCACGGCGUGCUCAACCGGCACCACCUGCUACUCGCCGCCUGCCAAGACCCCACCCUCACUUCCACCGACAUCGAGGACCUCGAGAAAGCCGGCUUCAAGAGCUCGCUCCUCGACGGGCUGCCGCCCUGGGCCGUCAAGUAUGCUGCGCAAGUGGCGCACUUCAUCUUCUACGAGCGGAAGGCGCUGCCGGGGGAGCUGCUGGCGCAUAACAAGCGGCACAAGCGGCGGCGCGGCGGGGACAGCGAUCCAGAGAAGCAGGCCGCGCAAGACGAGGCGGAGGGCGUCGAGAGCCAGCGCUUGCAGAACCUGGCCAUCACUCUCGACAAGGUGCGCCACUGUCUGACUGCCCUCUGCGGUUGCCCCGCCACGGAGGCGCCUGCCCCCUUACGGCUGCUGUCCCCCGGAGAGGUGGUGCAGCGGCUAUGGACGGCCGACGAUUCGCUGGUGCAGCAGAUCCGACGGUACCUGGAGCUCCACGUGGACGAUAUGGGGCGGCUGGCGCCCAUCCUGGAGGAGCUGCACGUGCAGCGACCACAGGAGACGGAAGAGGGGCUCUCAGCCAUGCGGGCAAGCCUCCUCUGGUUGCGCGACGCGCUCAUUGCACUGGACAUCAAGCCCACUGCGCGGCACGACGCUGCGGCGGACCUGCUCACCAUGUACGCCGCCACCAAGGACUUCUUCACACAUGCGGACUACGUGGCGAGCAGCUUCGAGUCGGAGCCGGUGACAAUCGUGGCCAUGGACCUGGGCGUCAAGGAGUCGAGCUUCCCGCCCAAGACGGUGCGCAAGGCGUACAAGCCGUACUUCGUGUGGGGGCAGCUCAUCAACUGGUACAAGCAGUCGGUGGCCGACCCUGGCGCCACUCUCAACAACGUGCGGCGUGGGUGUUUGACGCUGCCUGACCCCGGGUCCUGCUAUUCGGCGACUGCCAAGCAGGCCAUCCCCCGCGGUUACGGCCGCAAGCAGAGGGCGCGCAUGCUCGACAAGUACAUCACGAACAAGGUCCAAGGUCCGUGGCCGAAGCAGGAGCAGCACUGGCUGUGGAGCCACAACAUCCGAGGGUUGUACGGCACCCCCUGGUUCGACGCUAUUCGGGCAGGGCGAGCCGUGGAUUCCGACCUGGUGCAUUGGCUGCGCACAAGGCCCGUCUUCGAAGGCCCUUAUGAUCAUGGCCACUGAGGGAGGGAGCUGCCAUACAUGCAUAGGAACUGUAGAAGAGGAGCGGUUGCCUUUGAGCACGUUGGUAGAUAGACAUGCAAGAAGUGGAUAUAGCAGGGACAGAUUGAAGCCUGAAAAAAGUCAUAGAAUAGUCAUUUAGUAAUCGUGGAUCAAAAAGGGAUCGACUUUGGUGCAUAGAAUCUUCACAACUAUUGGGAAUCUUCGAGUCCUAUUUCGAAUCGUUAAAAGCAAUGGUCAUGUGAACUGUCGCAGACCACAGCGUCGUUUGCAGCGCUCCGUGAAUCAAAGGUUUCAUACGUG